AUGGGCUGGGUCAGCCUACUCCUCCUGCUGCCCCUGCUUCUGAGGGCCGGGGACAGAUCCCUUUGCACGAUCUCUUUUCCUUUUAUCCAAGUCUGUGGAAAAACUCUGACUCAAGGACGAAUCCUCGGGGGCCAGGAAACUACCCUAAUACAGUGGCCAUGGCAGGCAAGCCUGAAGUAUAAGACCCACCACUGGUGCAGGGUCACCCUCAUCCACUCCAGCUGGGUGAUGACAGCUGCUCAUUGCUUCCAACAAAACGCUCACGAUCCCGGGGCUUGGAAAGUUCAACUGGGCUCCCGUACAAUUAAGCCACACAAAUUAAGCUUUAGCUAUUUGCAUUCCCGACGGGUGACCGAAAUCAUCUUGCAUCCCUUCUACUUUGGGGGGCCUCCCAAAGACAUCGCUCUGGCCAAGCUGCAGUCACCAAUCCGCUUCAAGAGGAGCAUCCUUCCUAUUUGUCUUCCAACGUCCACGACACAGUUUGAAAAUGUGACCAUGUGCUGGGUGACAGGUUGGGGAAGAAUAAAAGAACAUGAAUACCCGAGAAAACCCUGGAACCUACAAGCGGUGGAAUUGCCUCUCAUCGAUCAAAAGACCUGUGACCUGUACUAUCACAUAGGAACAAAACUUCCUCCUUUUAUAUCCAGAAUAUAUGAUGAUAUGAUAUGUGCUGGCUUUAAAGAGGGCAAGAAGGAUGCCUGUCAUGGUGACUCUGGAGGCCCCUUGGCAUGUGAGGUCAAAGGUAUCUGGCAUCAAGCAGGUAUUGUGAGCUGGGGAGAUGGCUGUGGUAGACCCUACAGGCCUAGUGUCUUCACCAACGUCAGUGUGCACACCGACUGGAUCUUAAGGACAAUUAAAUCAAACACCUUCAGCUUAAUGCCCUCUAAGCUUCUCUUCCUCCUCACUCUACAACUGUCCUAG